UAUCUCUCUCUCUCUCUCUCUCUCUCUCUCUCUCUCUCUCUCUCUCACUCAUGGGAGGCAAAACAACAGCAACCAGUUGAAAGUCUGAAGUUAGGAAAUGGAGAUCCUCCUCAAAUUCACACUUGUCAUGUCACUUUUAUCACUUGUGCAAUCCUCAUGCAACACUACUACAGACCGACAACUGAUCUCCAAAGCCUUUAGCUCUGUCUCUGGCUUCAACUCCUCCUGGUUCAAACCCUCUCAUCUAACCUGCCCAAACCAUCCAAUCACAGAACUAAACCUCUCAUCAAGAAAUCUGAGUGGUACUCUUUCAUGGAAGUUCCUCAGAAACAUGUCUCACUUGCAAAAAAUUGAUCUCUCCAACAACUCUCUCAAAGGCUCUGUCCCAGGUUGGUUCUGGUCCAUCCAAAAUCUGGUUUUGGUCAAUCUCUCCAACAACCGGUUUGGUGGGACCAUUUUGUUCGAAGCUAGUUCAGAUAUGGGUCCAUUUUCAUCCAUUCAGGUCCUCAAUUUGUCCACCAACAGGUUCACCAACUUGGCUCCUCUCUCUGUUUUCCCAAACCUCACUGUUCUUGACCUCUCACAUAAUGAUCUCAGACUCUUGCCUUCGGGGCUCAAAAACUUGACCCAUCUUCAACAUCUUGAUCUCUCCAGCUGCAACAUUUCAGGCAAUUCAAAACCCAUUUCGAGUCUGAAAUCAUUGAAGUACUUGGAUGUGUCAAACAACAAAAUGGUUGGUUCUUUUCCUUCUGAUUUUCCUCCUCUGGUUGGUCUCAAGUUCUUGAACCUCUCAUUCAAUAACUUCACUGGCCAAACAAGUCCAGAAAAUAUCAAAAAAUUUGGAAACUCUGCAUUCACACAUUCAGGCAUUUCAAAGACCUCCCAAACCUUCCAUGUCAAGCCUCACUCAAAAAACCCACCUCUCAAACCACCCCAAAAACAAAAACCCAUUUACAAACAAGCCAAAAAUGAAAAACCCACAUCAAAAACCAAACCUCUAGUGUUAGCUUUAUCAAUUGCAUCAUCAACAAGUGUUGUUUUGGCCAUGAUUGUGUUCAUUUGUUGCAUGUACAAGAAGAGAAAAAGAGCCAGAAAAAUGAACAAAUGGUCAAUAUCUCAACCAAUUCAUCAAUUAUCAUUCAAGAUAGAGAAAUCAGGGCCGUUCGCUUUCGAGACAGAGUCAGGGACAUCAUGGGUAGCAGACAUUAAAGAAGCAUCAUCUGCACCGGUGGUGAUGUUUGAGAAGCCAUUGAUGAACCUGACUUUCAAGGACUUGAUUGCUGCCACGUCACACUUCGGAAAAGAGUCAUUGAUAGCAGAGGGAAGGUGUGGGCCAGUGUACAGGGCAAUUUUGCCGGGUGACUUACACGUGGCGAUCAAGGUGGUGGAGCAAGCGAGAGGCCUUGAUGAUGAUGAAGCUGUGAAGAUGUUUGAAGAGCUGGCGAGGCUGAAACACACAAACCUGUUGCCCAUUACUGGCUACUGCAUUGCAGGUAGUGAGAAGCUAGUAUUAUACCAGUUUAUGGCCAACGGUGACUUGCACCGAUGGCUUCACGAGCUCCCAACUGGUGCGCCCAACGUGGAGGACUGGAGCACCGACACGUGGGAGCAUCACAACGACGGAGAUAACGGACCCCACAUCUCAUCACCCGAAAAGAUGGAAUGGCCCACGCGCCACCGCAUCGCGGUGGGCAUAGCACGUGGGCUUGCCUACCUCCACCACGCGGGGUCCAAGCCAGUGGUGCAUGGCCACUUGGUCCCCUCCAACAUCCUACUUGCCGACGACUUGGAGCCCCGGAUUUCCGAUUUUGGACUGAGUCAGGACCGAGUUGGAGGGUCCACGGAGGAUGACGUGUACAGCUUUGGUGUAUUGUUGGUCGAGUUGUUGACGGGUAGGGUCGGGUCGGACAAGACGAUUGGGUGGGCUAGGAGGUUGGUGAAGGAGGGAUUCGGAGCAAGUGCGUUAGACUCGAGGCUGAGACUCGGCAGUGACUCGGUAAGUGAGAUGGUGGAAUGCCUUCGAGUUGGUUACUUGUGUACUGCGGAGACACUUGGGAAAAGACCCACAAUGCAGCAGGUGGUUGGGCUGCUCAAAGACGUACAUCCGAUCACAGCUGAGUUGAACUGAGUCGACUCAUCGAGUUAACGUUCCAUUUUGUAAUUAUUUGACUCACAGUGCGAUAACGCCUUUUCAAGUUCCAUUAAUUGACUUCAGAGUGAAAGCAUUAUUGAGAAUGUGUAUUAAUGAGAUACAAAAAAGAGUGAAAACAUUAUUCAAAGUUGUAGAUGGAAACAUGUCCUCACCGUCUGUGAUAUUGCUUCAGUUUGGUGCAUUUUAUACAAUUGUUGUACAGCAAUUAAUUCUUA